AUGGGGCACGGAUGCCUCUUAUUCCACACCACGCAGGUGCUCUUCGGGCAUGGUUGCUUUGGAGAGUACCUGCACGAAAAGAUUGGGCGGGAGGUCUCCACGAGGUGCCAACACUGCCCAAAGGUAAGGGACACGGCGCAGCAUAACUUAGAAGUAUGCCCAGCCUGGGCAGAUGAGCGCCGUGCCCUCACCGACAGGAUAGGUGCCGGUCUAGACCUACGCUCGGUGGUAGGGCAGAUGUUCGCCAAUGCUGACGGGUGGGGAGAGGUGGCCUCUUUCUGCAACUCUGUCAUGUUGCAGAAGAAGGCUGCUAAACGGGCGCGGGAGGAGGCUCCCAACGCGCUUCCGGAGAAACGACAAGGAGGGGAGGAGGCGUAG